AUGAUUUGUGACAUCUGUGAGUGCCGAUCCGAUUUGCUGAAGGGUUGGCGCAGUGAUAAAGCAGCGGUUUGGUCUCCUCUUCUUAAAAUCAGCAGCGAUAAAUGGAUGCUUGAAGAAAAGCGUCCUUACCUGCUGAUGCAAGCUCCGAAUGAAAAAGAAUCGGGGCAAGAAAUGGGAGACCUGAUCUUGAGAAAAAGGACAGUUGAGACUUUUGAGAUUGCUGUUUCUUCGCCCUUGAGGUACUUUGAAUCGGCACCGGAAGCCUUCAUUACUCAUAUUUUAGAAGGUCUUCCGGAUCUGCUUAAAUGCUGGAAAGCCGACAAAUAA